UCAUCGAUCUUGGACAGAACCCAGAACGCCAUCGCGACCAUCUCGGAGCCCUCGAUCCGCUACCGGCAAUCCAACAGCACCCUUUCGAGACUCUCCCUCCUGCCCAGCUCCAACCCCAGCUCUGAGCCCUCCAGCCCGGACAGGAAGUACCGCUUCAAGAGCGCCUCGAACCAAUCUCUCUUGUCCAGCUCCAACCUGGAUAGCGCCCUCGCUUCCCAGGCGCCCACGGCGAACCACCGGCUGUCCCAACCCUACGCGACCACAGACCCAAACCAACCUCCUCCCAUCAAGGCUCCUCCCGCCACGGCAAACAAGAUGCAUCAAACAUCUUCGCGCUUGUUGCGCAUGACGGACGAUGACCGGCCUUUCACAAGGGCAUGUACCAUGGUUCUACGAUACUUACAUCUGCCUCGCCGUUUUUUGUGCGCCG